AUGCCGGCCGAGCGCGUCGACGUCGCGAUCCUCUCGUGGACGCUGGUGCGGGCGUCCGACCCGCCGCGGGGCUUCCCCGCGGUCCUCCCGGUCUCCAACCUCGACCUCAUCCUUGGCUCUUUCCAUAUCCACCUCGUGUUCAUCUACCCCGCCCCAGCCGCGGGCUUCCCCGCCGUCACCGCGCCCGCGCGCGCCGCCCUGAUAGCCUUCCUCUCCCGCUUCUUCCCCUUCGCCGUCCGCGUCGUGGCCGACGCCUCCACCGGCGUGCUUGCCGUCGCCUGCGACAACGCCGGCGUGGAGCUCGUGGUGGCGGAGGCCGCGGCGCGGCUGGCGGACGUCGCCUUCGCCGAUGCCGACCGCUCGCUCGCCCGCCUCGCGGUGCCAUUCCAGGACGGCCUCGCGCUGUCGCUGCAGCUCGUCUGGUUCGCCUGCGGCGGGUUCGCGCUGUCGUGGGGCACCGACCACCUGCUCGCGGACGGCCACGGCCUGACGGCGCUGCCCAACACGUGGGCGGAGCUGCUCCGCACCGGCGGCCUCUCGUGGGAGCCGCACCACGAGCGGGCGUCGCUCUUCCGCCCGCGCUCGCCGCCGCGGUUCAGCCCAUCGGUGGACGCUGAGUUCACGCGGUACGCGCUGGCGGGCCUCCCCAACGCCCUCCUCACGGCCACCCUCGUGUGCCGCAACUACGUGGUCUCCGCCGCGGAUGUCGCCCGCCUCCGCGCCGCAGCCAGCACCCCGGCCCGCCGCGCCACCCGGCUCGAGGCCCCGUCCGGAGGCUCGCCGUCGACGUGGUGGCGGAGAACCCUUACGAAAUCUACAUCUUCCUGCACACCACCGACUAUUACUCCACGGAGGGGUACGACAUGCUUGCAGGCGUGCUCGCCAACCCGGCGGCGCAGCACGUCCAGGAGCUACGCAUCGGCGUCGCGAGCUCUGGCUUCGAGGGAUCUCCUGCUGCUGCACAUCACCAACUGCACGGACCUGGCGCCGCCGCCGCUCGGCGUGGCCUUCCCGCUGCUGGCCAACCUGGCGCGCGCCGCCGCUUGGCGGGGCUUGCAGAUGCAGAUCUUCUUUCCCCCAUCCACCCCAACCUAUCUUAUCUCUUACCCUAACCCGUCCCAACCCUUUGACAUAUAG